UUUAAUAGGAUUCCUCAUUUUAACAAGUUAUUUAAACUGACUUGAAAAAUAAUGUAGAUAAUAUAGAAUUAAGUUGCUGUGUUGCUUGUCUCCACGCUCUCAUAGACGCGUACUAGCUGUUCAUGAAUACCCUUUAUAAACCAACCAACACAAAAACGAUCCAAUCCAUUCUGCACAUGUUAUUUACUGGUUGUCUUAAAGAGUAUAUUUCACGUAUAUUUCCAUAUUUCUCAGAUUACAGUAAAUAAUGCAUUUUAAAAUACAACUUGUAAUUGUGUGAGCACAGAGAAGGAGAGCAAAGCGAGGGAGAACACAAUAUUGAGAAGGUUUGUUUCUCACUCAAGAUGAAAAUAGCAAUAAUCGGUGCCGGCAUUAUAGGAGUCUCCACUGCUUAUCGGUUGAAAACGACGUUUCCAGAUUUAGAUGUGACAGUCAUUUCGAAAGAUUUUUCACCCAAUACUGUAAGUGAUGUCGCUGCAGGAUUCUGGGAACCAUUCUGUUUUGGCAAAACACCUUUAGAUAAUGUUAUGAAAUGGUCAAAGGAGACAUACGACUUAGUGAUCGAGACAAUAAGGGAUGACCCAGACUCCGCAAAGUGUGGUUUUUCGCGUUGCCAUGGGUACAACCUUAGUGAAAACAAUAGCAUUGAGAUACCAUCCUGGACUAAAAUUGUACACGACUUCAAAGUUAUGUUUGAAGAAGAUUUAAAAGGCUUUCCAGAAUUUGCCAACUCAGGUUUCAGUUUUACUACUGUCUUCAUUGAACCGUUAAAAUACAUUCCUUGGCUCAGCAAAGGAUUUGAAAAACUCGGCGGUCGAUUUGUGCGCCAAACUGUGACGUCACUAGGUGAAGUUUGCAAUACCUAUGAUGUCAUUGUUAAUUGCACUGGGUUUGGAUCGAAAACGCUUCUUGAUGACAAUUUAAUGUAUCCAAUAAAAGGACAGGUCAUGAGGGUUAAAGCACCCUGGGUAAAAGAAUUUGUGAUAUAUGAGACCCAUGAUAGAGUGAGUUAUGUUUUACCAAAUCAAGAUUGGGUCAUUCUUGGAGGAACGAAAUAUGAAAAUAAUCCCAAUACGGACGUUUGGAUCGGAGAUAAAGCUGCUAUAAUCAAUGGUGUUUUAGAAUUGUGUCCGUCUCUUAAGCAUGCUACACAUCUAAGUGAUUGGGCUGCUUCACGACCAUGUCGAAGUUCAAUGCGAGUCGAGAAAGAAGAUUUACUAGUUCCAGCUAAAGAUGGCGCCCGAACUGUGAAGGUAGUGCAUAAUUAUGGACACGGAGGAAGCGGAGUCACUGUGCACUGGGGAUGCGCAGGAGAAGCCGUCCAGCUAAUCACGCAAUGCAUGGAUGAAAUAAGACAACAAAAAUCGAAGUUGUAAUGAAAUAUUCACGUGAAUAAUCUGACAAAAAUAUCUGACAAACAAUAAAUUAAUAAAUAAAUCCAUGGAAUAAUUACAGACUUAGAAACUGUGUUCAACAACAAUAACAAUGAUAAUUUUAAAACUUCGUCAAAUAUGGAUGAAGCCACGCCAAAUAAUUAGUACAUCUAAGCAAAUUCUUUAUAUUUUUAAACGACUUCAAAAUCCUCGCAAAUUUUAUGAAUGCUUCACUUGUAACAUUGAAUUUCAGCGACUUUCAACCGAUUAAAUUACAGUUACAUCCCAGUAACUCGAACACCGGAUAACUCAAAAUUUCAUUAUCUCGAACCACUUUUUGGGGUCCCUUCUAAGGCUAAUUUAUUCGGAUAAACUUUUUACUCAAGAGAAGGAAAUCAAAGACUAGAUAAAUGUCAGAUUUUUUUCCUUUUUAUUAUCUCCUGAUGUAUUAUAGAUGGAUAAUGUUGUCUGUCAAGUAAAAUUCAAUUUACAAGGGA